GCGCGUCCCACGGCGGCGGCUGCGGUGGCAAGAUGGGGCUGCGCGCGAGGGGAGCUUUGAGCAGGGCGAGCGCAGGCCGGGGGGCACCCGAGGGUCCCGGAUCCAGCGGCGGCGCUCACAGCGGCAGCAUCCACUCGGGCUGCAUCGCCGCGGUGCACAACGUGCCUCUGAGCGUGCUAAUCCGGCCGCUGCCGUCCGUGCUGGACCCGGCCAAGGUGCAGAGCCUCGUGGACACGAUCCGGGAGGACCCAGACAGCGUACCCCCCAUUGAUGUCCUCUGGAUCAAAGGGGCCCAGGGGGGUGACUACUUUUACUCCUUUGGGGGCUGCCACCGCUAUGCAGCUUACCAGCAGCUACAGCGAGAGACCAUCCCUGCCAAGCUUGUCCAGUCCACCCUCUCGGACCUACGGGUAUACCUGGGGGCAUCCACACCAGACUUGCAGUAGCAGCUUCCUUGGCACCUGUCACCACCUCCAAGAGCCCAGAAAACACAUCUGACCUCCAGCAGGCUGGACAUGUAGGAGUAUCAGGGGGUGUGUUCUUUUUGCACCUGGGGAGAGGGUCUGACUCUGAUCCCCCUUGGCCAGGUGCAAGGCCUGGGACUCAUUCUGAACAACAUGGGAGCCCCAGUCCCUACCUCUGUGAAAACAGGGUUUUAACCUUACUCUUGAUGGAUCAUUGAGAGGAUGAAAUGAGAAAAGGUUUGCAGACCCACAUGCUACUGGUUUCACAUUCCCAAGGACAAGAAUAGUAACCUGUUGUAUGGACUAAUUUUAGCUACAAGUAAAGGAAAAUCUUGGUUGCAGUGGCUUAAACCCAGGGGGUUGUUUUUCUACCUAGCAUGAAUUCUGGAGAUAAGUGGCUACGGAUAUUGGUUCAACAGUUCAGCAAAGGUAGAGUUUAUAUCUCUGCAAUUCUUCUGUCUUGCCUUCAUUGUUUAUUACUUCAUGGUCACAAGAUGGCUGCUGUAUCUCUUAAGAAUCAUGUCUGUGUUCAAGGAAAAAAGAUGGGGGGGAAGAGAAAGGGCCAAGCUAGCUGAACCUGUUAACUCUAUCAGAAAGUAAAACCUCUAUCAGAA